CGGAAGAGCGAAAAUCCUCAAAAGAAAUGCAGCUCUAAAACCCUUUUUCCCCCAACUAAAACCUUUCCUUCGAGCUGUUCAAACCAGCAAUGUCUCAACUCCCUCAUCUUCUUCCUAACAACGCUACAGGCUUUGGACUGUCGGAUAGCAGAUGCCUUCCGUGCUCGGGAGUUUUUGGACGAGCAGCCACCGUCUCUUCUCGCUCUUUAUGUACUGAACAUAGAAUCAAUGCGGCAGUCAAAUUCCGACCCGUAAACUGUACUUUGUUGCGAGCGUCUUUUACGUGCCAAGCCAGCUCGGGAGGUCAUAGGAAGUACUCGGAUUUCUCUAAGCAAAAUAGGCAUGGCUACUCAAGAAGCAGAAAUAGGCAAAAUGAGGAUAGAGACAGCCUUGAACAUGUCGAUGAAUCUGAUUUAUUGUCGUCGAAGAAUGGACCAUUUCUUUCUAUCUCGAGCAAUUCGAAAUCCCAAACCACGGCUACCCCGGGUCCAAGGGAGAAGGAAAUUGUUGAACUUUUCAGGAAGAUUCAAGCACAGCUUCGGGAACGAGCUGCGAUGAAAGAAGAGAAGAAAAUCGAAGCUCAAGGACAAACAAAAGGGAGUGAGACGGUCGAUUCUCUUCUUACGCUAUUGAGAAGGCAUUCAGUGGAGCAAGGGAAGAGAGGCGGCGGAGGCGUCAAGGACUCGAGUUUUAACCAUGUCAAAGAGAAUGGUCCUUAUGAUGAAGGAAAAAGCUCAAGCAUUUUUGGCCUAAGUUCUCAUUUGAGAGAGAAGGCUCAAGAGCCAACAGGCUCGUCUUUGAGUCGACCUGUUUCAAAUUUUCAACGUAAAUCCCCCGUGCCUGUGGUGAAGUACCAACCGGUUUCGCCCAGGGAAAAUAUUGUGAACUCCAUUGAUGUUGUGAAUUCAAAGGGACUGAAACUCAACGGAACCGAGACAGGUUCUCAACUGAAAGCAAAGGUAUGGACUCGGCAGGAGUCGGAACGAGAGCACUGGGAAGAGCUGCAAUCACAAGGAGAGACAGAGCAGGAGACAGAGCCAGAGCCAGACCAAGAGUUCGAGUUGGAGCCAGAGCCUGAAUCGUCGUAUGAGCUAGAGCACGAACCUGAUGAGAUGGAGCCUGAACUUCUUAAUUUAUUAGGCGUCGAUGACACAUUUGAUGAAGACGUUAAACACGAUGAGAAAUUUUCGAAGGAUGAUGAUCACGAGGACUUGAACUCAUUGAAGCUUGCUGAGCUGAGGGCGAUCGCGAAAUCUCGGAGUUUGAAAGGGUUUUCGAAGAUGAAGAAGAGCGAGCUCGUACGGUUGUUAAGCAACGCUCAGGUAUGAAAAUUUCAUGUUGCACAGGAUGUUUAGGGGCUUUUUUUGUUUUGCUUGAAUAUAAUCAAUCUGUAUGACCAGUUUUGAGUUGAAAUUAGCUUUACAGACCUUUUUCCCAGAUUGUAUAUCAGGCUUAGCCUUUUCACAGGUGCAGAGUACUUGCAAUCUCUAUUCAUAUGAAUCAUUU